CACCAAGAAACCGCAACAAUUCAGACCACAAUCAAACUGUUCUUCAAUGGCUUUCAGAGCAACUAAUUUGAUGAAAACCAUGGUGGAUCGCACCAGAGCAUUUGCAACAUCAACCUCCCCUAAGAUGAAAGCUUACUCCCCUGCCGCCGAUCAUGGCUAUGGCCACCAAGAUCGGAAACCCAGGGCGGUGAAAGGAGAGUAUGUACCGGUGUAUAUCUCGCUAGGGUUGAUCAUGUUAUCGGUUAGCAUCGGAGUAUUCACGGCCACCCAUCAGCUGAAAAGAUCGCCAAAUGUUUUCGUGAAGAAGUCGAAGAGGGAGUCGUUGCCGGAGCUGGUGGAGCCGGAGAAGGUGGCGGAUGAGUCCGACGAGUUCAUCAAGAAGUCAUUCUUCAGGAAGAUUGCACAUGUGCAGGAUGCAGAUCGUCAGGAUAUCGUUCCUGAUCCGAUUCGUGGGGAUACCUACGCCAUGCAUCCGAAGCCGCAGAGCGAGUCGCUGAAAUCGGUGGGGGUGGAGGUGGAGAAGAAGCCGUUUGUUCAGCCACCGCCAUUGAAACACUGAGAAGUUGGUUGGAUUUUAGGAGCUUACUUCAUCAAUUUUUCAUGGUUCAACUUGAGAAUCAUAUGUUUGUAAAUAUGCAAAUGAUGUUUUGGGUUUUGUUGAUUAUAGCUUUGAGUUGCAACCAUGUGAUAAUGGGUUGAAAGCUCUA